CUGAGCAAGCUCACAAGCUGGUUGCAAGUUACAAACCUUCCAAGUUUGACAAAAAAAUUCUUCUCUGGACUGGACGUUUUAAGACAGAAGAAGAGAUUCCCUCAAGGAUCCCGCCAGAGAUGCUAGACAGGGCAAGAAACAAAGCUCGAGUUAAAGCUUGUUACAUCAUGAUUGGACUCUCCAUUGUUGCCUGUUUUGCAGUGAUUGCCUCUGCUAAAAAGGCUGCGGCACGUCACGAGUCCUUAACAAGCUGGAACCUGGCAAAGAAAGCCAAAUGGCGGAAAGAAGCCGAGCUAGCAGCAGAGUCGAAGACAAAGUAA